AUGCUAAAGCUAUUGAAGAUCAGCCCGGGACAUAUUACGGAUCUCACGGUACGCCCGUAUAACCACAACAUGAUGUGCCGCCUCGAGCAAGCAUUAUCGUGUGUGUAUUAUGUUGUGCUGUUAAUUGUUGUCUGCACGGAAACCACAGCAGCCCACGGUCACGGAAGCGUCGAACCGGUGCUAGCACACGACAUUUCAUCGAACGAAGGUCCAAGGGAUGAUUUUAAUAAUGAUUUGGCCCGCAACUUUCACUCGCCACGGUUGGAAUACAACGAAUGGUUGCCGGUAGGCAGAGGUGAUCCGCUCAAGAACGAUCCAACGUACGACUACAGUCCACCGGUGCUGGACCGAGUGCGUUACUGGUCCGACGGUGCGAAGGACAAAACGUCCGGCAACGACAUCCUGCUGCUCGGUGUUCCCUCGAAGAAGGCCGUCGGUGUUAGCAAGGAGUGGAACAGUGUGCCAGUUCGGCGCAACUACUAUUCACCCCCACAUCAGCACCACGUGGUAACUGGCCCAAACCAACUGCCACCGACCGUACUAAUGCCUCCACCUCUGAAUAACUUUCUCGGGGGUGGUGAAGGAAUCGGCUUCUGGGGUGGAGCGUCUGCCGCAUCUCAGCGAGUGGACACUCAGCCUGGAGAUGGUUUCAAGUAUCGUCCUGUCCACCAAGGACAAUUUCCAGGUUCAAAGCAUCCUGAACUGUCUUUAGCUCAACCCAUCACGGCCCAGUUUCAUCACCAUCAUCAGCCUCCACAGCAACAGCAAGGAGCGAGUGGGUUCAACCGACCACCCUACGUAACAACGAUUCGCCUCACGACUCCGGCCGGUGACACUGUGAAGCGUCCUUUACUGAAAACCAUCCUCCAGAACGAACACUCGUAUCCGUUCACAAAAACCGCAAUGACCAGCACGGUCACCGAGUACACAUCCGGUGGGUUUUACGACGCGCAGAACAUCAACGCCAUGGCCCAGACGGUCUUUCAUCCUCCGCAAACGACGGAAUAUCUGCAACCGCACUCGCCUCAACCUCAACCGACGAAGAAAGCACCCAAGCUGAAGACGGAAAUUCGUGGUCCACUCGUAACACCAGCCGUCCAUGGCCACACUAGCACGCAUCUUCCUGUGUCGAUGACCACGCCAACAACGCCAACAAUCAUCUGGAGUACAGCCACCGCCAGUGUGCCCAGCAGCAUGAAUAGUAUGGGUAACACUAUGGUCACAACACAACCAACCCCACCGGCCAUGACGACAGAUUCGAUCUUCUCGCACUACAAACAACCGGGUAUGCCGGAACGGUGGUCUCCGUACCUGAUCAUCGAAGGCCACUCGAAGGUAAAAACGUACGGUUUGAACACGAACGACACAUUGAUGCAGUUGCCACGGAUGGUGCCCGUCACAAGCACAAAAGAUCCGAUCGUACACCACGUGGUAAACCGGGAUCCGGAAACGGGCGUCGAACUGAGCGUCACACACAUUGCCACCAAGCGCCCACCGGUGUACGAGAUUCACACCGAAGCCGGUCUCCGGUUGACCAAAGACGAUAACAAAACGAAACAGCCGGUUAAAAGUGCGGUUGAUACGUUGCUUACUUUGCUAGAUGAGGCCUCCUUUGAUGAUAUGCUUAAGCAGGAAGGUACGGUAGAAAAUGCACUAGAGAUCACCGCCGGUAACAAGGAUAGCAAAACAAGGCGAAACGUUCGCGUCACGAGACAAGCGUACCGGAUUGAUCAAAACUAG